AUGGGGACAUCAUCGCUUGGAAGCCGGUUGCUAAAUCGUUUAAUGAAUGCGGAAUCUAGGAACACGCAUCGACCAAAUGAUGAUGAUGGUUACAACGAGCUCUCCCGUCGAUUAUUAUCAUGUUUGGAUAUCGAAAGUGAAAGGAAUGCUGCAAAAGUACUGAAACAUCCCUCGGUAGCGCGGUUAAUCGUUCGACGUGAAUUAGGACUUCAACGAACUCAGUGCAGUUUCGGUAGAAAUGCUUUACGAUCACUUAUUAUAUCGAAUAAUCGGAGAUAUGUCUUAUGUGAAAAGCACGAUGCAAAAGGUUUUCUUAACGUCGACGGGGGUUUAAUGGUUGCACACAAAGCACGCAAAAUCUACAACAUUGAUAUUUUGGAGCCAUUAUGCCGGUUGGAUAUGCUAGACGAAACGGAGAAGAUUCUGUCUACACUUUGGGUUGAACUCGUCGUUGACUUACAGGAGGGAACAUCAAACUCUUCACCGUUUUGGGUAUUAAUUUUAACACAGAAUCGUUUGCUAUGCAUUGAUCCUCUACGUCAGUCAGUGGAGGCUGAAUUUAUACUACCGUCAGACUUCUGUAAAUUCAGCUGCCUAGCACCCAAUGAACUUGGUCGAACGUUUUGCUUAUUUGGACAUAUGUUGUCACAGAGCGGUGUAAGAAGCAGCAAUACCAGUGGAACAGAUUGUGUUAUCGGCGUCUUUGAUGUUUAUCCACUUAAAUUUAAAGGCAUCUUCCGCAUUACUAAGGAGGUUUUUGGAAAUGUUACAAAUGUAAGCGUAAUAUCUGAUAUGGUAAUUGUUUUCAAAAAAAAGCCAUAUGAAACGGUGCUGUAUAAUUUGGUCGAUUUUCAAAAUCAGACUGAAGAAGGAUUGUAUGAUCCUGAAUUACGGUUUGAUGGGAAAAUAGUUUUGCCUAUUCCUAAUUUAAUUAUAUCAGAACCGGUCAAAUGUGCAAGAGUUGCAGGUAACUGGUCAACGCUAGAAUAUAGCGGUGUACCAUAUCAUUUGUUGGGUAUAUCAUAUUCUUCUAAAAAAUCGUACAUGUUGGUUGAUGCUGCGAAAAUGACAGAACCGGCCUCACUACCAUUUCCGCUUCAGCCACCAAAGAAUACAUCACUGCAAGUAGAAGGGGCUAGUUUGAUGUUCCAUUCAGAUGAGUCGGGACGACUGCUUCGUUUUGAUGGGCCAACAAUUGUAUCGUAUAAGAUGCAACGAUCUUUUGAUGAUAAAAUGUCAUUUCAAGAAGUCUGGCGAACCAAUUUAUGGGUGAAGGAUAGCUUUUUUCAUGAGAAGCUUGAAAGCAACGUAAAAAUUAAAUCAAGCUUUGGACGCCAUAUUAAGCCAACAUCAGAUUUCGAGCAAGACUUUCGGCUGGUCAUCAAAGGAGUGGAUGUCGAUAUUGAAAGCCAGAUUAUUGCUAUUAUUGCGGAAUGCGACCUUCAUUCGCCAGUUUUUGAUGAUCCAAGCCGACCGUUCGAUGCAAUGACUCGCCGCAAUAUAUACCUGGAUGAAGUUGAUAUGUGCACUGUGAUCUUUUUAUUGGAUGAUGCUACUGGUAUUAUUUUGAAAAUUGCGAUGAUGCGUGAACCGAUAAGAGAGAAUACUAUCUUACAUUUUGAUAUGUCUGGUGUAUUGAUGUGCUUUAACCAGCGAGGGCCUCGGAAAUCGUAUCUUGAAGUUCAGCGUUUGCAAGAAAUAGGAGUUGUUGAAUGGGAGAAACCGAAACGUAGUGAUCUCGAACUGUAUGAAAUAAAAUAUAAUUCGAGCGUGCUUAGCAGACGGCAAACACGGCUUCGUGCUCGGGAAGGAAACAUCAGUUUAACAUCAAGUACAGUUGCAAGCAGCAGUCGAGCAUUCGAUAGAAGAUAUGAUUUGUCAGCAGAUGGCAGUGGACCGAGUGGAAGUAGAGAAUUAGUUUCAGGAUCUCAGCGUCGUAAACGUUUACGAAUUGUUUAUCUAGGCGAUACAGAUUCAUCCGAUUCAGAUUAUCGACCGCAUAGUCGAUAA